AGCGACUGCGUCUUGUAUCGCAGCAAAAGCAAGUCUUCCCCACCCUCCUCUUCACUUUUCGUUCUUCGUUCUCCCACCCCUUUCCUCCGCCGUAGACCGUGGUGACAAAGCUUGUGUGGGACGUAGAGGAAAAGGUGGAAAAGAACCACAAGAACUGCCAUUCUUACAAAUGCAUAGCAGCUGCUGUUUGUUUUCGUGAAGUGCGGUCACUCUCCUCGAAACUGUGUUGUUCACUUUUUCCUUCUCAUCUUUCCUCUUUCUUGUCUGUAUAGACUGUUCGCUUCGUUUUUCGAACUCCACGACCUUUAGGGAGUCUGUCAUCCCCGGCAGAGAAACUCCUCGUUUAGCUGCUUGCAGAUCUCUUCUUCGGACCAUUAAUUCGCUUAGCUGACUAGUAAUCGUCACGAGGGAGAGAGGAAGACACACUUAGUCGCAGACGAAUGUAACGUAUACCUCCCCCCCCCCCUCCUUUUUUGUAGCUGCGCAUCGUCCAUUACUCAACUUUAUUUUAUUUAUAUAUUCACAGUAGUUAUGCAGCGUACGUAAAUCAAGACAUCACACAAACUUCUUUCCUCCAUUUAUUUUUCGGAAGAUAAUCUAGAGUUUUAUAUAUAUAUCUUUAAUUACUUUCAUUUCCUUACUAUUAUUAUUAUUGUUGCUAUUUAGUGUUGCGCUGUGUGUGCACCUUCAACCUUGUACUUGGCGUUGUGCGGCUGUUCAAUUCUGUCUGUGUCUGUCUCUCUCUGUGUGUCUGUGUUGGACUUCAUGUUUUAUUUUGCUGUUCUAUUUAAUCUUACAAUUUCUCGUUGUGAUUGUGAUUGUUCUUCCUUCUCGUUCUCGCGAUCGUUUGUUGGUGUGUACAGUUUUAUUCUGUUAUUUCUUUACGUCCUAUAGAGGCGCUCUCUGCUUAAAGGAACGCAGUGCGUUACCGUCACACAUACACACGUUUGUUUGUUUUGUGUUUCUUAAAUUAAUUAUCGCGACGACCUCACAGAGCCACACGGCCGUACAUCCCUUCAGCCAAGGAUCUUCUCCUUUUCCUCCGUGUCAGUAGGCGAGAUGACGGAGCCGCGGCAGUCACCGGAGGCGACGCCUGUCCCACCUACGGGUACCUCCACCAACGCCGCCUCCGUCCAUCCGAACAGCAUGGAGGUCGCAAACAUGCGCUUUAACGAGACGGCGCCGCCGGUCGUGUCCACGACAUCCUCCUCACCCCUUCCGGAAGGCAACCCCACCGCCGCUGUGCCGUCCUCCUCGCAGCCGCCCCCCGCUGCCCUCGCGAGGAACGACUUCAUGCUUAGCCGCAGUCGGCAAAUACCCUACUCAACCAUGAACGACUUCGACGCAGCACGGCAGUACCGCAGCCGUCAAGGAGGCACCCAACAUCAUUCGGCUGGGCACCGUCAUUUGCACAGAGAGAACUCAUCGCACCGUGCGCCGCGACAGCACCGCAGCCAUGCCCACGGUGCGUCCGCACACGGACAAACGCGGAGCAGACACGGUAGCCGGUCGGAGAAGCACGGGCGUCACACAUCACCACGACAGCAGCAUCCGCAUCAGCAUGGGCGAAUGCGUCGCCAGUUAAUGGCGACACCAAAAAUUGGGCGCCCUUUUGCAUCGCACCCGGAGCUGCCGGCGCUGGAGGGCGCGAGUGCCGCGGCGUCGUCGGCGACGGAUUACGCAAACUGGGCUCGCCUCGACACUGUAAACGCGAAUAAUAACAAUAGCAGUCCUCAUAGCAAGCUGCCCACGACGACGGAAGCGGCAGUGCCUGGCUUUGGGAGGCCUGCGGAUGCGAGUGGUGGUGGUGGUGGUCUCACGGGUGGCCCGCUCGCCAGCCCCGACCGCCCUCGCCAACGUUCCUCUGCGCGCGACGACAGCGAAGUUGUCGUGGGCCCUACGACCACCACCGUUGCCACUGCCUACAGCAACGACUUGGCUGGUAACACCGGGGAUAGUCGGAAGAGUACGAAUCUCGAGACUGUUCCAGCGAUGACGUUUUCUCCGCUGCACCUACAGCAGCAGACGGCCCCGGUAGACAGCGGUAUUCUUGACGAUGAAGGGGCGUUGUUUCCGCCGCUCGAGGGCCGACACGUGCGCAUCUCCGCCCGCGACCGCGACGAGACAAACGGGCGGUUGCCGGUCAGCACCGCCCCCCGCAAAGGCAGCCGGCACACUGGAGGUGGAGAUACGGCACAUCGCUCGCAUCGCCGUCGCCAUUGCGGUCAUCCCGGCUCCGAUUCCGAAGGCCGCAACGCCAGUCGCAGCACCAGCAGUGAGGAAGAGGGAGAGGCGGAGGACUACACGACCAACUCUGCAGGGUCCGCUGCGACUCGCGCCACGCGUGACAGCUUUGGCUAUCCGAUUUAUCAUCCCAUCUUCCACCACGGGACGUUAGGCGGUGACGACGACUUCGAUCGCGGUCGAGCCGGCGAGGCUGCAAGGGCUCCCGCCAUCGCCGGUGGUGGAGGCGGCGGUGCGCCGCCGCCUGGUCCUACGCUGGAGGUGCCGACCACCACCGAUGUCCCAUGGGACCUACGCAAUGUCGCGGAGCGCGAGAUCAACAAAACGUUUGCCUUUCUCAGCACGCGGUACUUCUGGUUUUUGAUCGAGUACGCACUUCGCGUGACCUGCAUCGCGAUGCUGAUUCCCGCCAUCAUAAUCAACCUUAACCUGAAGCACACUCCCUUCGAGUCUACCACCUUUGCGUUGACGAGUGUCGUAAUCGCGGUGGGCACCAACUUCGGCCAGUCCUGCGUCUUCUUCGUUCAAUACAUCAAGGGCGGUUGCAUUUGGCUGCCGCUCGCCACCAUCUGUUCUGCACUGAAGCUCAACCGCUACCUUGGCGCGUGGUUUGUGGUGUACCUGGUGCUGCUCUUCUUGAUGGCUAUGUUUACAGAGAAGACGACGCGACGCAUGUGCCUGCUGCUGUACAACAUCUCCAUGGUGAGCCUUCUCUCGGGUGAUGAGAGUCUCCUCUUCCCAACCCGCGUCCUCGCUGAUUGGGCCCUCGGCGCUGCCUUUGCCCUGGUGUCCACGCUGAUCCCGUACCCGAUGCUGGCGACGCGGUUCUCGGCGCACAUCACGAAGAUCAUGUUCAAGAACACGGCGACCUGCUUUACGGGUAUUCUGUCCUGUUUCUGGGCGCCGAGCAACACGGAGCGCAGCAUGUCGAUGGUGCGCAUCCGCUACCUCGUGCGCACACUCGACCACCUGAUUGAAAAGUUCGACUCCUACGACGCCUUCACCUUUUACGAGGUCCUCAUCUACGAAACCUCCGAACGUCGCGAGGUGCGGAAGGAGAAGGUGCAGCUGCUGCUGAAGCUCAAGAUGAACCUACGUGCGAUGGAGCGGGUCAUCAACAUGGUGCAGGAACGGCCGCAGAUGAUCGACCUCAGCGAGCGGUGCCUGCUGCUGCGCGACCACCUCUCCCUUCCGAUGGACGACAUCUCGCGCUCCAUGGAGGCCCUGCUGUGGAAGCUGAGCGAGGCGAAGAAGUAUGACCAGCUCCGCACCCUCAGCGGAUACUUCGAGGCCGCCGGGCGUGCGAUCAAGCGCCUGCAGACGGAGUUCGACGUCGGCCGGCGCGUACUGCUGUACGAGCACCAGGAAGCCAGCAUUCUGCGCGACGGGCGCAUGGAGGAGUUCGUGCCGCUGAUGACCUUCUUUGUCUUCUCCAUCGUCAACUUCUGGGUCACGCUGGAGGAGUUCGAGUCCUUCAUUGACCGCCACAAAGCCACCAACGACUGGAAGGAGUCCUUCAAGCUGAUAUGGAGCGCACUGAUCGACCCGUUUGCGGAAAACGCGACACUCGUGCGCCUCCUGUGCGUGCGCCGCGGCGAGGCGGAGGUGCGGGUGGUGAUCGAAGCUGCCAAAGUCAGCGUGGCGAUGCUCAUCGCGGUCAUCUUCUUCUACUACGUCGACAAUCAGAGUCUCCUCCUCACCGGCCCGAGCAUCAUCGCCUUCGUCUCUGGCACGAAUCCGGUAGAAGCGGUGCAGGCCGGUGCGGCGCGGAUGAGCGGGACGAUGAUUGGGGCGGUGCUCGGUUUCUUUGCUGCCUCGCUGUGCCACACUGCCGUCGACCGCGUUCUCGCGCUGUGCAUUAUCACGUUCGUCAUGACCUUCUUCCGUCCCGGGCAGAAGUUUGGCACGAUCUGCAUGUACUGCAACUUCGUCGCCGUGAGCGGUCUCGCGCCGACGGAGCAGACGGCAGACUUGACGAUCAGCCGCAUUCAACAGAACACCUUUGCCAUCUUCAUUUACUGCUUUAUCAGUGUCGCAGUCUUUCCGGUGAGCCCGAAUCACGUCCUCUUUAAGAAACGUAUGUCCGUGAUGCGCAGUUUGAACAGCACCGUACAGAAACUCUCGUCGCUGUUCGGCGACGCGGCGCGAAGCUACAUAGAGAUUCGAGCUGAGAUCCAGCGCGGUGUCAAGACGGAGGAUGACGUCGUGAGCAUCGGCCACUUCUUGAAUUUGAACGACGGAUUUGGCUUGAUGCCGCUGCGCAACGGCAACACCGUAGUAAAACUGAAGGGACUGAACAACUCCGAGAUGGAUACGCCCGCAACGCGGAGCAGCUCGAAGCUGAUCAUGCCGCGGGCCUUCACCAUGGCCCCGCAGGACACUAUCGUUGAGGACAUCUUCACGGACAUCUUUUCGAUGAUGGAGACGAUGAAGCAGACGUCGUCGGUCAUGCCGUUAGCGGCGGAUGAGUUCCAGAUUAUUCCGCACGAGUACCCGCUGCGCGCCUCGGGCGACGUGCACGCCGCCCUGUACCGUCUGUGCGCGCUCGUCUACACCAUGACCUGUGCGUGGAAGACGAUGCGAGAAAAAGGGUACUUCACCACUGACAUGCUGCACAUCCUACAUAAUUUGUCACCGAUUGUGAACGACAUUGCGCGCUGCAUUGAUCGCUUUACGCAUGUCAUGGAGUUCUACGUCCGCUUCCCGUCCUCUGGCCUGUCGUCCGAGCUGACGAAAGGGGCCAUGCAGUUCCGUGCGCUAGGCGUGGAGCUGAGUGCGCGCAAGGAGCACGAUCUGAUUGCGGUGAUCCGUAAAACCGUUGCGAUGAAGCGCAUCCGCGAUGACCGCUCAGACACCGCCGGCGGGGACCACAACGAAGGAGGAGGAGGAGGAGGAGGCGGAAACGGCUAUGGAAGAGACCACGGCGGUGGAGGCGGUGAUGGCGGAUACUCACCGCAACAGCAGCAGCGGUCGCAACUGGAGGAGUGGGACACUCGAUCUAGUCCGAAGCAGCACCGCGGGAAGUGGCGCCACGACCCCGGCCAGCGUAAGGGCAGCCAACGAGGCAAAAAAAUGUAUCGUCGCGCGGCUUCGAGUGGUCGUCACGACUGUCGAGGGGCGUCGCCCAGUUAUGUAACGUCGCCGAGCGAUGCCGCCGUGUCAGGGGAGCGCGUGCAGAACUGCGACAACGACCGUCUCAGCCACUCCCAAGUCCGCUCCGCCGCGCCCUUCUUCCACACACUGACCACCCAUAAAGAGAGUACACCCAAAACGGGUGAUACUGCCUCGACGGCGUCCACCUUCAAGGACAGUGUGAUGCCGCGCAUCGACAGCCGCGAUCCAACGCGGUCGCACAUCACCGCGCCAAUUCCUGGUGACUCUGCCUGGCUGCCGGUGCCGCGGUCCGAGCUGCCGGCGGUGCCACGGCAAGAAGAGGAGCUGAACGAGGACAGCAUCGCGAACACGUCGCCGCGUUCCCGCGUGGACGGCGGGGGCACCGUGACCAACGCGACACGCGUCUUCGACGCCAGCGUCUUUCCGCCGCCGCCGCUGGACGACGGGCAGGCCGCUGCGGUGCGCCGCGCCACACUUGCGGCACGGCUUCCCCCGUCUAUGCGGGGAGACACCGUCAACGAGCACGCGGCUGUUCUGAGUGGCAACGCAUCCGGAACCACGCCGCCGUCAUCCUCGGCAUUUGUGAAGGCCGCUCCUACGCAGCUGAAUCGAAAGAGCAGCGGCGGCGACGGACCGCAACAGCGAUAUCCCCACGCGAGCACCACCGCGGCCGCGCUGACGCCCUCGUCGCCCUCCUCCUCACAUACACCGCCACACCGCCCCCGUCGCCGCUCGAGCCGGCACCCGCAGCGCCUGGUCGCACACGAGGAGAGCCCCGCGGUGAAGAAGCCGUCCACCCAGCAGCGCGCCGAUCAGCUGCGCGAGAACCUGCGCGGCUUCCAGCGUCACGCCACGACGGGCAACAUGACCCGCAAGCACAGCAGCUUUGAGAUGCGCACCUUCGGUGCGAGCUAUACGAACAUCGCCACCCUGGACAAGUCCGCCACCUUUACUUCGAACAACUCGGGGCACUAUCACUCCGCCCAUCCACGCCAUCACCCGCAUCACGGCUCACCGCACCAGCGCGCAAUUGGUCGCAGCCACAGCAGCCUGCAUUACGAAGACGAAGAAGAGGAUGAAGAAAAGGAAGAGAGUCCAGAUGAGGACUCGUCGCAUCACCGUCACCGUCGCUGCUCGCGACAGGCGGACACAACAAACAGUGCAGGCCCCGAGAGCAGCCUCCCUUACGGCAGUCGGGAGGGGGAUCUCGCGUUGCUGGGGUCGGCCACUCAGUACGACGACACCAACGAGCCGGCUUCUCUCUCCGUGUGGGAUCCACGCACAGUGGAAGGAGUACGUCGAGACGGCCCACCGCUCCCUCCUCUCGGCCACAAAGAGGCAAGCGGCGGCAGACGUCACCACUCGCAGGACCGCAUCACGCUCCACCAGAGCAGCUCCGAUGACGGCGACGAAGGCCACAAGAGUUAUGCAAGUGAUGCGGAGUCGCUCUCGUCUUCGUACUCCGCAUCCUCCUCCUACGCGAGUGAUGCAAGUGGUCGCAGUGAGUACGGCAGCGAUAGCGGCCGCAGCGACGGUGACAGCAAUGCCAAUGAUGACGGCGGUAGUGGCCGCUCGUCACUGGUGCGCUUCAAGGACAGUUUCACCACGCCCAUCAUGGUACAGGACGCGGAAGGCCUGCAUGCCUUCACCUUGUCGUUGGAGAUGUUUGGAAAGGAGCUGCGGCGAGUGCUGUACGGCCUGGAGGAGAUGCUGCAGAGUCUGUAG